AAGAAAGAUCGUAUAACAGAUUUUAAUAACUUAGAAUCUCACAAUGAGCAAUCGCUUUAUUUGGCAGGCCUUAUUUCCUUGCAUGAAAUAAAACGGCGGCGAUCUAGGAAGCCAGAAAUUGAUGCUAAAUUCAAUGACAAAAGCUAUACUUACAAGGUAAGAAUCAGAGAAGGGGAUAGAAUAAAUGAUAUACCAAUUUGCUUCAAAGCAAUGUGUUCAAUGCACGGAAUCAGUGGAAAGAGAUUGCAAAACAUCCAAAAGGCGCUUAAGGACACUGGCAAAGCUCCCACUGACAACAGAGGUAAAUAUGACCACAAACAUUGCAGAACUUCUGAAGAUACAAAACAGAGUGUAAUAGACCAUAUUAAGUCUUUUAAAAGUCGGUCUAGCCACUACAGCCUUUCUAAAUCAAAAAAGGUUUACCUACCUGAUACAUUGAAUAUCAAAAAAAUGCAUGCCAUGUAUAAAGAGCUUAGGCCUAAUGAUAAAAGUGUUUCAUAUGAAUAUUAUAGAAUAAUAUUUGAAACCAACUUUAACAUUUCAUUCGGGUUUCCAAGGAGUGACACUUGCUCAACCUGCGACAAGUAUCAGGCUGAGUUAAAAGUUUUAAAUAUGGAACUACAAAAUACGCCUAACGUAAGUGUUGAAAAUACUGCAACACACGAAAAGUUAAGGAAACUAAAAAUAGAACACGAGCUACAUUUGAGAAAAGCUGAUAUGUUUUACAACAAAAAAAGAAAAGCCAAAAAAAUAGCCAUGCAAAGUGUAGAAGAGGAAUGCAUUGCCAUGGAUUUUCAGAAAAACCUUUCUCUACCAAAUCUCAGCACAAAUGACGUUUAUUACCGUCGUCAGUUAUCAUUCUAUCUAUUUAAUAUUCACAGCCUAUCUUCAGGUGGUGCUGUAUUUUAUUCUUAUCCACAGACUGAAGGGAAGAAAGGGGCAGAUGAAGUAAUUUCCAUGCUUAAUCACUACAUUUUUACAAAACUUGAUCCAAAAGUGAAGCAUUUACACAUUUUUUGUGAUUCGUGUUCUGGACAGAACAAAAAUUACACGCUCAUUCGGUUCUGUCACUAUGUCGUCAAUGUAUUGCAAAAAUUAGACACUAUUAAAGUAGUGUUUCCAAUAAGGGGACAUUCCUUCUUAGAAUGUGACCGGAACAUGGGACUAAUAAAUCAAAAAUAUGCCGCUGAGUUGCCAGAAGAUUGGGUGGAGCUAAUAAGGAAUUGCCGCGUAAAACCUUCCCCUUUCGAGGUUGUCGAGGCAGAUUUACCUCUUUUUCGCAAAUGGACUGAGUUUUAUUCAAAGUUUUAUACUAAUAAGUGCCCCUUUGCUACACGACCUGUUAGGGAAAUCCGUUAUCUCAAACAACACUCAAGACUUGUGGAACACAGAGCCUCCUAUACUGGAUAUUGGCAGCUUUCUCCAUUGAUAUCAAAACAAAAUUUGAGAAUGUUAAACCUUGAAGUUCACCACUAUGAUGAUGGCUCGUUUGAUCUUCCACCCCAAAGUCGCUCUGAUCUUGUUCCUGUGCCAAAGCCUAAAUACGAUGAUCUUCAGCAUUUGAAACAGUUUUGUGGACCCAAAGCAAGGGAAUUCUAUGGUAGACUUCCACAAGAACAUUAAGUACUGUGGGACAUUGUUCUAAUUAAAAAGAAACAAGAUUUACGUAUUAGUUAAGUGACUGAGUAAAGGACAUUCAUCUUUUUUGCUGUGUUUUUAUUGUAAUUUCCUUCUUUUUUUAGCUCUGUAUAUUUGUUUCUAAUGAAUAUAGAAUUUUAAUUCAUAAAAUUCAACAACAAAUUAAAUGCCCUUCAAAUAAAAAUGACUAAUUUAAACAUUGUUCAAUAUAUAAGAUGGUGAGGUGAAAGUAAAAGUCAAAAUUCUCUGUUCUGAAAAAUCGUCAUAAUGUGACUAUCAUCCU